CGCAUAUUUGAUAAUUGGUGUUUAUCUAAAAUGAUACCCACUUGAAUUUCAUACAAGGGCAAUGUAAUUUUAGGACAUCCAAGGAAACUAUACGCCCGUAUAAAGGCGUUCUGGCAAGCGUCGAUUGUCACAUCCACUUUUCAUCCAUCUCUAAGCCUUCACUAUGACCAUCGACUUUUACUACGCGCCCGGAAGUGGGCCCUGUCGCUUCGUUGAACUAACAGCGAAAAAUCUAGGAGUAACUUUGAACCUUAAGCUCAUGGAUCUAAUGCACAAGAAAGAUCACUUAACGCCGGAAUUCCUUAAGAUCAACCCACAACAUUGCGUUCCCACAAUAGUGGAUGACGGCUUCCCUGUUUGGGAAAGCAGCGUAAUCGCCACAUACCUCAUCCAAAAAUAUGGUAAGGACGACUCGUUGUACCCUAAAGAUCCCAAAAAGCGGUCCGUUGUUGACCAACGCCUUUACUUUAACCUGGGAGUGCUUGGUCAACGAUUUUCAGAAUACUAUUAUCCAAUGAUGAUGGGUAACACCCCGGAUCCUACCAAGCUUCAAAAAUUACAAGACAGCCUGGACAUUUUAAACACAUUCUUGGAAGGCAAAGAAUACGUUGCUGGGGACUCACUAACUGUUGCUGAUUUUGGAAUGAGCGCAACAAUUACAACGUUAGAUGUUGUCAAAUUUGAUCGCGGCGCUUAUGGCAACAUAACAAGAUGGUACAGCAAACUUAAAUCUUCCGUUCCCGGCUUCGAAGAAGUUAAUGGUUUGGAAAAGUUGACUGCCAUUUUUGAUUCGUAUCGCAAAAGUAAAAGUAAACAGUAAUGUUUGAAUUGGUUUGGUUUUUUUAGCGUUCUGUAUUUGCAUAAGAUAAAUAUUAGGUUUGCGAUAACACAGAAUGUAUUGCCAACAGUGUUUUAUGAUAUAAAUGGAUGUGCAACGCGGCGGUUUUACAAUAUAGCUACCUUUGAGUACUAA